CACACACAGGUGCAGACAAAAAACACGAAAACACAAAUGAAUUACUCAAAUUGAAAGAAACACAAGAAUAAUCCACUUUGUUAAUAUGUUAGGGUUUGAGGCUCUGAUGCUUUUCCUCUCUUCUCUUCAUCGCCUGAUCUCCCCUCAUCGCUCUGAUCGCGUAUGCGUCGCGCUAGUGUUGUUGUUUCUCACCAUCCGCGUCGCGCGUUCCUGUUCGGAUUUGAGCUGCUGAGUGUUGCUGGCUUGUUGGGUCCUGAGUAGAAGUGGCGUUGGGGUUGUUGAAUAGUUGGUGAGUGGUUGUUUGUAGUUGUAGUUGUGGAGGAGAAGCGGGCGGGCGAUUCAGUAUGUCUGUUGUUGCGGAGGAGACGUCUGCCUCACGGUAUGUGAAGCUUGACAAGGAGCAUGAGCUUCCUUCCGAGGAGAUCCGUCCCGGGGAGCUUAAUCAGCCGGUGUACGUGCCGCAGCUGGUAGUACACCGGUGUAAUGAAUGUGGACAGCCACUUCCAGAGAGCUACGAACCUCCAAGCAAUGAGCCUUGGACAACGGGGAUUUUUGGGUGUGGAGAUGACAUCGACUCUUGCAAGACUGGUUUCUUCUGCCCGUGUGUCCUGUUCGGACGGAACGUGGAGAAUUUGAAGGAGGAAAUUCCGUGGACCACUCCUUGUAUCUGUCAUGCCGUCUUUGUAGAGGGGGGUCUCGCCCUGGGAGCUACCACAGUUGCACUCCAUGGAUUAAACCCUAGGGUCUUCUUUCUUGUAGCAGAGGGUUUGCUGUUUGCUUGGUGGAUGUGUGGCAUCUACUCAGGACUCUUUCGACAAGAGCUGCAAAGGAAAUAUCAUCUUCAGAACUCGCCAUGUGAUCCUUGCAUGGUCCAUUGUUGUUUGCACUGGUGUGCAAUAUGCCAGGAGCACCGUGAGAUGCAGGGGCGUCUUUCUGAUAACGUUGUGAUGCCUAUGACUGUUAUCAAUCCUCCUAUUCAUCAACACAUGGUUUCUAAUGAAUCAGCAACAGUGAGCCACAAAGAGCAUGACGAGAUUCAGACAUCCUGAGCUUGUGAGAUUGCUCUCAACGGAGACAUUUUUCUGUCCACCUGUUGUGAUUAAGUCCAGUGCAGUAGUCAUUUUAGCUUUUCUUUUGCAGAUAAUAGGAAGAUUGAAAGUCACAGAAGGCUUCUCAGGGUGAUUAUUGGGUCAGGAAUGGUUCCUUCAUCUGUGAUGGUGAAAAUGUACCAAGAUGUGCUGACAUCUCUAGCAUGUUCCGCUGAACGUCGCUCCCUGAGAUUCACUACAUACUGGAAAUCGCUAUUCUUUUAGACACGCAGACAGUGACCAUGUGUGCAUGACUCUGGAUCACAAACUUAUGAGUACGUCCUUAACCGACGGUGUAAUGUUACGGAAUGGAUGUUUCUUUUUUCA